ACGGUAACCAGGAAGAACAUCCCAGCAUGUGAUUGGUCGAGCGGCCGAGUUCCUCGACACUGCGAGUCUCCUCAUUACCACCCUGCUGCGUCUGUGGCAGCGGUCACACGACAGCAUUUAUUCCGCCAGCCCCCUGGAGAAACAUGCUUUAUUAACAGAAACCUAUAUACCACGGGAGUAACUGCAGUAUUAUACCACCUACGAGCAGCUUUCCACCAGUGUACCUCCUCGACCAGUGACUGGCCACCAUGUUGUCCAGGUUGAAGACGACCUGGUCCCUGAGGCCCUGUGUCUCUGCGUGCAGAUGGGCACACACCAAAGAGAAGGGCAAGCCCCUCAUGCUCAACCCUCGCACCAACAAAGGCAUGGCCUUCUCUCUACCAGAGCGACAGAUUUUAGGGAUACAUGGUCUGUUGCCUCCCAAGGUGGAGACUCAGGACAUUCAGGCGAUGCGCUUUCAGAAUAAUCUCAAGAACAUGACCGACCCCCUGCAGAAGUACAUCUACUUGAUGGGCAUCCAGGAGAGGAAUGAGAGGCUUUUCUACAGGGUGUUAAUGGAAGACAUAGAAGAAUUGAUGCCAAUUGUCUACACUCCCACUGUCGGCCUGGCCUGCACACAUUAUGGGCACAUCUUUAGAAGACCCAAAGGCUUGUUCAUCUCUAUUCGGGACAAAGGACACAUUCGUUCCAUCCUGGACAAUUGGCCAGAGACUAAUGUUGCAGCAGUAGUCGUAACAGAUGGAGAGCGUAUUUUAGGAUUAGGGGACCUGGGUGUAUACGGAAUGGGCAUCCCUGUCGGAAAGCUUUGCCUGUACACUGCCUGUGCUGGCAUUAGACCUGAGAGAUGUCUGCCUGUGGCAAUAGAUGUUGGCACAAACAAUCAGACUCUCCUCCAGGAUCCGCUGUACAUGGGCCUGUACCAGGAGCGAGAUCGCUCUCAAGCUUACGAUGAUCUGAUUGAUGAGUUCAUGGAGGCUGUGGUGGAAAAAUACGGGCAGGACACACUGAUCCAAUUUGAGGACUUUGGGAACCACAACGCCUUCCGCUUCCUCAGGAAGUACAGGGAGAAGUACUGCACCUUCAACGAUGAUAUCCAAGGCACUGCGGCUGUCGCCCUUGCUGGUCUGUUAGCAGCUCAGAGAGCCCUCGGCAAACCCAUCACUGAACACCGGGUGCUUUUCCUGGGAGCUGGAGAGGCUGCCCUUGGUAUUGCCAAUCUGAUUGUCAUGGCCAUGAUGGAGAGAGGAAUGACCCAAGCUGAGGCCAGAAAUAAGAUCUGGCUGUACGAUAAAGAUGGCUUACUAGUAAAGGGAAGACUGCAGGAAACUGACUCUAACCAGGAGGCAUUUCUUCAUGACAGUCCGGGGACUGUAGAGAGCUUCCUAGAUGCCGUCAACACCAUCAAACCCACAGCUAUCAUUGGUGUGUCAGGAGCUGGACGUCUGUUCACCCAUGACGUCAUCAAGUCCAUGGGAACCCUGAACGAAAGACCAAUUAUCUUUGCCCUGAGUAACCCGACCAAUAAAGCCGAGUGCACAGCAGAGGACGCCUACACACUCACUGAUGGUAGAUGUCUCUUUGCCAGCGGCAGUCCAUUUGGUCCAGUGACUCUGAAUGGCCGCAUCUACACCCCUGGACAAGGGAACAACGCGUACAUCUUCCCUGGUGUGGCCCUGGCUGUGAUCCUGAGCGGAGUGAGACACAUCAGUGACAAAGUAUUCUUAGAGGCGGCCAAGACCCUUGCAGAGCAGCUGACAGAUAAAGAGCUGGAAGAAGGCAGACUCUAUCCUCCUCUCUCCAACAUCAGAGAGGUCUCCAUCCAGAUGGCUGUUAAGGUGGUGGAGUUCGUCUACGCUAACGGUAUGGCGUUUCGCUACCCUGAGCCUACGGACAAGGACAGCUUUGUACGCGCAACUGUGUGGGACACCCACUACGACUCCUUCGAGCCAGAUACCUACGACUGGCCAGGUGUCAGCUUCAGCCCCAAGACUGACCAAAAGUAGACCAGACCCUCUCUGUGCUCUUUGUUUUCCGCUGACCUCCUAAUUUGAGAUGAUCAUAAUUACCCUAGUGCAAACAUCUGCUCCUAUAAAUCCGUCAGUAGAAGCCCCUUAUUGCUGCCACCUGACUCCAUUUGCACUAAACAAGUCUUAUUAUACCAGUGAAAGGGUAGAGAGGAAAGAGGAUUUUUAAAGAGGAAAUUUAAAUGUGAAUGGACACUUUCCCUUCACAUCCCAGUUACCUGCAUGGCACCUGGAGGGCCCCCUGGUGGUGGGUAAAAGGCAGUGUGGAAAUCUGGUUUCAUUGUUGCAACCUUGAGAUGCAUUGUAAUUAUCUAUGCUGUUAAAAAAUAUAUAGAUAUAGAUAAUAAUGCGGUAUAUUACAGUUAUUACAUGUGAUUGUCAUAUACUAAGCAGAAAACAAAAUACCACACUUGCAUCCAAUUCAAAAAGUCAAAUCUGAACGGUCUAUUAGAUUGCAUUGAGUAGUAAAACAAACACUUUGUCUCUGCUCAAGGCCAAGAUGUUUUUAUUACAAGGAACUAGAGAUGAUGUGUUGUGUGUUUGUGUCAUCAUCUACGAUCUUUCUUGUUAGUCAUAAAUAACCAGAGACUAAGUUACCUUUUCGUUAGAAAAUGCCACGGAAAAAAAUAUAUUUUGCACCUAUUUCAAAAGGUAGUCACUCCAUAUUUAAUAAAAUGAUGACUAUAAUCUAAUGCUAAAGAGACACUCCUGAUGCCAAACUUCACUGCACUCAUUAAUAUGCAGUUCAAUCAUUCACAUUGCCUUUUUUUCACAUCAGGCGGGCCUCUGAUGGCUUCGAUAAUGCAACCAAUAUACCAGUAUACACCGGUAUAACAGGUAUGGUGAAAGACUCCUUGACUCCUGUGCUUAAAUCGGGCAACAUUGCUUAUCAGAGAAGGUUGAGUAAAGCAGAGGGUUAAAGUACUCGGCCUUUGUAUUCAAACUAGGAGAGAACGACGGGAAAUAUUGUUACUCAGGAGAGAAAUGGAGGGAAGAUAUAAAGAAAGUAUAUGAAAUUUUAUGAAGGGAAGUUGAAUGAAAAUGAUAUCUAAAAACACUCGUGAGACCAACAUCCACUCCAGCAUUUUAUUUGUUUGAAUGCUUUUGUCACAUUGUAUGUAUUUCUCUGAAUUUAUUUUAUUUAGCUUGAUGGGUGUAUUUAGAUGUGUUGCCCUUCAGCUGUAUAUUCAUUAGAAAGUCUCUCAUCAACAGCCCGUUUAAUGAGGUGUGGUAAGAAUAAUCCAUCCCUAGAAAUUACCCCUUUGAUUAAAAAAAGGAAAUAGAAGAUGAAAUAAACCUUCAAUAAAAUAAAACAGAUAACAGUGAUGUGUAAGAUGUGAAUAAAUAAGUUUAAUACAAGGCGGUUGCAAACAGUAAUUAAGUCUGUUCCACGUAUGUGACGUUUGAUGCAUUAUACUUAUUGUCUGGGGGCUAUUCAAAAACUGUUAUUGACAAAGUGUAGUGACCAAAUGGCCCUUCUGGGCCUUUUCAACAGGUUCACUUCAUUCUGAAAAUGACCGUUUCUGGUGAUGUUCAAGUCCUUACUGGCAUUUGUAAUGUACAGUACUCGAUGCUAAAGGGUAGCGGUGCAUACAAGAUGAUCAUAUAGAUUGUUACUGACAACACAUAUUUCUGAGGAAGAAACAAAGUAAUGUUAUUAAGUCAACGUUAACUAUCUGAAGUGUAACUAGAAAAAUAUUUUUCUGUUGACAUUUGUUCGAGCAUUUCUGUUGGACGUGUUGUAUCAAAUCCAGUGAGUAUGCCGUUCAGUCAUUGUAGUUCUAGCAGAUGACGACUUCCUCGAGGUCAUGACAUGCAUUUCUCAAAGUAGGAUAUUGUAUUCACUAUAUUCCGGUUUCCUAAUAUCCCACAUCUGUUAAUGUCAAUAGAGUGUACUGUACUUGUAUCUGUAAGAUCUUCAUAUUUGCUCAGAAUGCUGCAGUAUAUUACAGCGGGUGAUCCAAAGAUAAGGAAUGUUUAAUGUGAAACCCUGACCAUAUAUACUGUACACACACAUGCACACACCUUUGCAGCUAAAAUGUACAAGUUUUAAGUCUGAAAACCAUUAAAACUACCAAUUAAUCUACUUAAUUCAUAGUAUUGCUGUAGACACUGUAAAUCUAGUCAUUCUAUAAUUCUAUACUCGGCCUCUAAAUGUUCAUCUCAGGAUACAAUGUGCAGUUUUCUUCUGAUAGACUGUGAACACAAGGUUUUGUGCACAUUCGCGUGUCUAACCAGUUGUUGUUGUUGUUGUUACUGACUCAUCGCCCAGGUUUUUUUUUUUUUACUUUCUCGUGUAGGAAUUUUGUGAUUGUUUUUGCUGCCGUGAUUCUUGUCAUCCCUGCUGACGCUUUUGAGUUGUGUUUUCUGAAAUUUAUUUUUGUCACACAAUAAUAUUUUCGUAGUGUUUGUACGCAGAGAGAAUACCAAUGUGCAGAAUAAACAGUUUAACCUCC